GGAAAGAUGGUGAAGCUCUUCUGUGCGAUCGUUGGUGCGGCGGGCAGUGCGUUCGAGGUGGAUAUCGACGCGGGUGCAUCGGUUUCCGCGUUGAAGAAGGCGAUCAAGGCGGAGAAGAUGUACCAGUUCCCUGCUGACGAGCUGCAGCUCUUCCUGGCGAAGACGGAGGGCGGCGCGUGGCUCGUGUCCGACUCAGAAGAUGUGAAGAAGCUGAAGAAGGGCGAGAAGACUGUCGCAGUUGAGGCUUUAACAAGCGAAGAGAAGGAGCUACAGGGGGAGUCUGGCCUGCAGAAAGUGUUGAAGGGCAUGCUGAAGCCAUCAACGGACCAGAUUCACGUGCUGGUGGUGGUUCCGGAGCAAGAACACGCACAAACUGGAUUGUGGCUUGUCACUGGAUCCGUUGGCAACGCGCUGAACACGAAAGGGAUUCGCUGCAAACUGUACUGGAUGGCGACGUUACGCAUUGGAUACUACGAUCCUACGCGCUGCAUCGCGUUUUGGUAUGAAGACAAGAAAUUGUGUUU